AUGUAUACAAGUCAUGAAGAUAUCGGGUAUGAUUUUGAAGAUGACACUAAAGAGAAGAAGACGCUUAAGCCCCACCCCGACAUUGAUGGGGGCUGGGCCUGGAUGAUGGUCCUUUCGUCUUUCUUUGUGCACAUCCUCAUCAUGGGCUCCCAGAUGGCCCUGGGGGUCCUCAAUGUGGAGUGGCUGGAAGAAUUCCACCAGAGCCGCGGCCUGACCGCCUGGGUCAGCUCCCUCAGCAUGGGCAUCACCUUGAUCGUGGGACCUUUCAUCGGCCUGUUCAUCAACACCUGCGGCUGCCGCCGGACGGCCAUCGUGGGAGGGCUGGUCAACUCCCUGGGCUGGGUGCUGAGCGCCUACGCCGCCAACGUGCACUAUCUCUUCAUUACCUUCGGGGUGGCAGCCGGCCUGGGCAGCGGGAUGGCCUACCUGCCGGCCGUGGUCAUGGUGGGGAAGUAUUUCCAGAAGAGACGAGCCCUGGCCCAGGGCCUCAGCACCACGGGGACUGGAUUUGGCACGUUCCUAAUGACCGUGCUGCUGAAGUACCUGUGCGCGGAGUACGGAUGGCGGAACGCCAUGUUUAUCCAGGGUGCUGUCUCCUUAAACCUGUGUGUUUGCGGGGCGCUCAUGAGGCCCCUCUCCCUUCCGAAAGACAGAAACAACCCAGGGGGGAAAGAUCCGGGAGUCCUCCCCGCGGCGCUCUCCGUGGAAUCCGUGAAGUCAAACGGACAGCUGGGGGCAACAGAAGAGAAGGGUGGGGGGCUCGGGAACGAGGAGACCCUUUGUGACCUUCAAGCCCAGGAGUGCCCAGAUGAGGCCCGGCACAGGAAGAACAUGUGUGCCCUGCGGGUUCUGAAGGCCGCCAGCCAGCUGACCGUGAGGGUCAGGAGGGGCUUCUCCGACUGGUACUCCGGCUACUUUGGGACAGCCUCCCUCUUUACCAACCGGAUGUUCGUAGCCUUCAUUUUCUGGGCUUUGUUUGCGUACAGCAGCUUUGUCAUGCCCUUCAUUCACCUCCCUGAAAUAGUCAAUCUGUAUAAUUUAUCGGAGCAAAAUGACGUUUUCCCUCUGACUUCAAUUAUAGCAAUAGUUCACAUCUUUGGGAAGGUGAUCCUGGGCAUCGUGGCCGACUUACCCUGCAGCAGCGUCUGGAAUGUCUUCCUGAUGGCCAACUUCACCCUCGUCAUCAGUAUUUUUAUUCUGCCGUUGAUGCACACCUAUGCUGGCCUGGCGGUCAUCUGUGCACUAAUAGGCUUUUCCAGUGGUUAUUUCUCCCUAAUGCCUGUCGUGACUGAAGACCUGGUUGGCAUCGAACACCUGGCCAACGCCUACGGCAUCAUCAUCUGUGCUAACGGCAUCUCUGCAUUGCUGGGACCACCUUUUGCAGGGUGGAUCUACGACAUGACACAAAAAUAUGAUUUUUCCUUCUAUAUAUGUGGUUUGCUUUACAUGGUAGGAAUACUCUUUUUGCUCAUCCAACCAUGUAUUCGAAUUAUAGAACAAUACAGAAGAAAAUACAUGGAUGGUGCACGUGUUUAG